UUGUCAUAUAAUGGAUAGUUGUAUACCAAAAAGUGUGGUAUACUCCAAGGUGAUGCAACCCGAGCACUACCGCGUCUAUGCCCGGGAGUCACUGCGCACGUGGUGACAGGUACACUACUACUGUUUGCCGACUUGGAUACACACUGACGCACCUGACAGUGAGUGACUGUAAGUGCCUGUAUCAAAAGAAGACACGGUUGUAAAGAUGAGGGUCGGUGUUACUCUACUUGCGCUCCUGCUGUGGUGCAGUGCAUCAGUCGGUGUGGAGACAGGACGGUACCACAACACGGCAGAAAUGGAGUCGGCGUUACGAGCUGUGGCGGACGCCUGUCCUGACGUCACUCGGCUGUACAGUAUCGGCACCAGCGAGGAGGGAAGGGAACUGUGGGUCCUGGAGGUCAGCGACAACCCUGGCCGGCACGAACCAGGUGAACCGGAGUUCCGAUACAUAGGAAACAUGCAUGGGAACGAGGCGGCGGGGCGGGAACUCCUGCUGAACCUGGCAGACCACCUGUGCUCCCGGUACCGGGCUGGAGACUCCCGCGUCACUGGGCUUGUAGACGGGACUAGGAUUCACCUCAUACCUUCCCUUAACCCGGAUGGAUUCGAGAUGGCGGCUCAAUUGGGUCACCAGAGCUACAGGACCAGUUCUGCGCACGGAGACUACGGACGGUACAACACCCGAGGGGUGAACCUGUACAGGGACUUCCCCGUGUUGGGGAACGUUCUUUUCACCAACAGAAAUAACAACCACAAGGUGCAGAACAACCACCUCAGGAUACCUGAAUCAUAUUGGUUACGAAAGGUUGCAAACGAAACGAUGGCCUUCCUGAAAUGGGCGGAGUCUUACCCCUUCGUGCUGGGCGCCAAUCUGCACGGGGGCAGCCUCGUGGCGGUGUACCCGUUCGACCUGGGACAGAACCCGGCUGAUCUCUCCUCGUACUCCGCAACGGCAGACGAUGAGUUGUACCGCCACCUAGCGGGGACGUACGCCAGGGCACACCCCGACAUGGCGAGGUGCGGGGCCCGGGUGACAUGUGACAACCUCAACACUACCUGCAACGGAGGAAUCAAAAAUGGCGCCAACUGGUUUUCAGUGCCUGGAUCCGUGUUAGACUACAGCUACCUGGGUACCAACGCGUUAGAGGUGGCGCUGGAGCUGGGGUGUGACAAGUUCCCUGCUCCUGAGGAGCUCCCUCGGCUGUGGGACGACAACAGGGAGCCGCUACUGGCCUACAUGGAACAGGUCCACAUCGGCAUUAAAGGUUUCGUGCGGAACAACAAGGGGCAUGCCAUGCCUGGAGCCACCAUCUCUGUACAGGGGAUACAGCAUGACAUUACAACCGCUGAAGACGGCGACUACUGGCGGCUCCUUGUCCCGGGGACAUACACAGUCACCGCCUACUGGGACCGUUAUGAGGACACCAAAAUCUGCCAGGUCAACGCAGACGGACCUGCUACAACCUGCGACUUCACCCUCCACACAGAUCUCACUUCCGACAUCCACUCCUUCCAGAAAAAUAACAUACCGCAUGUUGAGGCAUCAAAAUCUGGUGUCACAGUACAGUACCAACCGUGUGCUGUUAUAGCAGCGUAUGUGAUUACUUCAACGGUCACAAUUCUAUACACGAUUCUGGGACAGUAAAUGUUGGAAUAUUAGAAUGAUUAAUAUCGUCCCAUGGCAUCGUCAAGUUGGAAAUCUUUCCGUGGAAGAUAUAAUGAUAAUUCACUAUGCACUGCAAAAAUAUAUAUAUUUCUUACUGCUGAGUAUUUAUAUUUUCUUUAAUAAAUCUAUUAUGCACAUUCAAUGCAAAUAUACGUUUUACCGACAUAACCGGAUCAUGCAUGCAGUUCCUUGCUACAUUUAUCGCAAGCACAUAGAACAGAAAAGAAUACUGUAAAAUGCACGAUGAGAAGUGCUACGUAGCAGUGUCGAACUUGCUGCAAGGGAUAUUUUAACUGAGUGCUGACGGUAGUAAUAGAUGUCUAUUCGUUUGAAAUGUACAGAAAUGUACUGUAAUACGUCGAUUUUAACUCUUUAGUAUUCAUUGUUGUACGUAUUGUGGUAGACUAAAUUUAUGGCAUGCAGGUUUUACCUUUGUUUUGCGGAUUUUUUUAUGCUUUGCUUAUCUAGAUCAGCUCUUGAUGGGGCAAGAUUGUUUUGAAAUAAAGAAAUGUGUGGAGCUUAAAA